AUGAAGACCGCAUCUAUGAUCCAAUUAACGGUGUUGUUGUCGAUGAUGCUGGGCCGUGCUGCAUCGAGAGUACUUCAACGCAAGCCCAAAGGCACUUUUGCAAAUUUCACAGUGAUGAACGAGAAAAGCGUCAGCGACAACGGUUUAAUAAUGAACGCAGUGCUGUCCUGGGGCAAGUGGCAGCAGGAUGAAGAGGAUGUGACCACAAUCAACCACAUCGGCUUCGAUAGUGGUCGAGCGGCGAACUUCACGGCAUCGGGCCGCGAUGGCAGCCCCACCGGCGCGGAGGGUACUUUCGAAAUACACGAGGGCGGAAAAAAGAUCGCCGUCGUCGAAUUCAAUAUACCGUUCUGGGGUAAAAACGAGUUUAGCAUUCGCGAGGUGGACGGCCAAUAUGUGUGCAAGCAGAGGGGCUUCACGACCGACCGCUCCCCGACUAUCAUUAUUAAGUGUCGUAAGAUUUCCAGU